CGCGCGACACUUUCUUCCGCGUUGGUGCUGCUGGGCGAGUCCGGGCCGAGUCGGUGGUGCAGGAAUUCGAGCAGGGAGUCUGAGCACGGAGGCUCUACUGACUAUUCAUCCGUACGAAGAGCUUAUUGCGGCGCCUGUCAGCAUGUCGUACGAAAUGAAGAAAGUCUUUGCCAGCCUCCCCCAAAUGGAGAGGGGUGUCUCCAAGAUCCUUGGAGGUGACCCCAAGGGAAGCAACUUCCUCUACACCAAUGGGAAGAGCGUCAUCAUCAGGAACAUUGAUAAUCCUGCCAUCGCAGACAUUUACACGGAGCACCCCCACCAGGUCACUGUGGCUAAAUACUCCCCCAGUGGCUUUUACAUUGCCUCUGCAGAUAUCUCGGGCAAGAUUCGUAUCUGGGACACCACCCAGAAGGAACAUUUGCUGAAGUAUGAGUACCAGCCUUUCUCAGGCAAGGUCAAAGACAUCGCCUGGACGGAGGACAGCAAGCGGAUCGCCAUGGUGGGGGAAGGCAGGGAAAAGUUUGGUGCCGUCUUCCUGUGGGACACUGGCUCCUCGGUGGGCGAGAUCACCGGCCACAACAAGAUCAUCAACAGCGUGGACAUCAAGCAGACACGGCCAUACCGCCUGGUCACCGGCAGCGAUGACAACUGCUCCGCCUUCUUCGAGGGGCCACCCUUCAAGUUUAAGUUCACCAUGAGCGAUCACAGCCGGUUUGUGAACUGUGUGCGCUUCUCUCCGGAUGGCAGCAGAUUUGCCUCUGCAGGUGCGGAUGGACAGAUUUUCCUCUAUGAUGGAAAGACGGGUGAGAAGACAGGAGCACUGGGCGGUGAGAAGGCGCAUGACGGUGGCGUUUACGCGGUGAGCUGGAGUGCUGACAGCACGCAGCUGAUCUCCGCCUCCGGGGACAAGACGGUGAAGCUGUGGGACGUGGCGGCCAAUGUGGCCGUCACCACCUUCCACAUGGGCGCCGAUGUCCUGGACCAGCAGCUGGGCUGCCUGUGGCAGAAGGGCCACUUGCUCAGCAUCUCGCUGUCUGGCUACAUCAACUACCUGGACCGGAACAAUCCUGACCGGCCGCUGCGCAUCAUCAAGGGACACAGUAAGUCCAUCCAGUCGCUGACGACUCACAGGAAUGAGGGCCGGCCUUACAUCUACUCCGGGAGCCAUGACGGACACAUCAAUUACUGGGAUGCCGAGACUGGGGAUAAUGACGGAUUCUCUGGCAAAGGGCACAGCAAUCUGGUAGCCAAGAUGGCUGUGGACAAGGACGGCCGGCUGGUCACCUGCAGCAUGGACGACACUGUGCGUUUCACCGACCUGAGAAGGAAGGAGUACAGUGCUUCUGACCUGCUGAAGAUGGACUUCCAGCCCAAAUGCAUCUCGGUGGGACCAGGGGGAUAUACUUUAGCUGUUUGCAUUGGGCAGCUGGUUCUGAUGAAAGACAAGAAGAAGUGCUUCACUGUGGAGAACCUGGAGUUUGAGCCGGAGUCGGCUGCCCUUCACCCUGGAGGCGGGACUGCAGCAGUGGGCGGAGCUGAUGGAAAGGUACAUUUGUUCUCCAUCCAAGGGAACACACUGAAGGAUGAUGGGAAGACGAUGGAGGCAAAGGGGCCAGUUACGGACAUGGCAUACUCCAACGACGGUGCCUUCCUGGCUGUGGCAGACGAAAAGAAGGUCAUCACAGUUUUCAGUGUGGCUGAUGGAUACGCCGUGAAGAAUGAAUUCUAUGGGCACCAUGCCAAGGUGGUCUGCCUAGCCUGGUCUCCGGAUAACGAGCACUUUGCCAGUGGGGGCAUGGACAUGUUAGUCUUCCUGUGGGCCGUCAGUGACUCGGAUAAGCGGGUCAAGAUCCCAGAUGCCCACCGCCUCCACCAUGUCAGCGGCCUGGCCUGGCUGGAUGAGCACACCCUGGUGACAGCCUCCCACGAUGCCAGCGUCAAGCAGUGGACUGUCAAAUUCUAAACCAGCCCUGGGGCCGGAAGCACCGUCAGGGACUAGAACUGCUGUAGAAGUCGUGGCAUUUUUAUUUUAAUUUAAACCCCCCCCCCCAUUUCGGCCCCUCGGCUCACCCUCACCACCGUCAUCGCUAUGCAGCUCGUGCCUAAAAUGUCUUUUCCUUCACCUUAAAGGCUGUAGUGGGGUAACUCUUACAUGAGUGAGAUCAGAGUAAGCGGCACUUACUGUGUCAUUCUGCGGGCUUCCCACUCCCGCUCAGUGCUCGACAUUCCAGAGGCUGUGCCCCCCCGCUCUGGUGUGGGGCCGGGUCUGUCUCACCCCUCUGACUGCAGGUUGUUUCUCUAUCAUCCACAGUGGUCACACUCAGACUGGGGUUUGGGGGAAGGGAUGGGGUGAAAAGUGAAAAAGAAGAUAUUAAAAUAAGGUUUAUGAUGGAAAUACUGUGUUCUUGGUGACGCUUUGUAUGGUUUUCAGAAUCGCAUAAUGCUUUUUGUAUCUCACUCAUUGUUUCUGCGGUGUUUUUAUGGGUAAAUGAAUGACUAAAAUAAAUGAAUAUAAAACCAUUUUUUUGCACAAUUCGGACGGUAUACGCGCAUCCUGUAAUCCCGGUUUUGAGACAUAUGGCCCAUUUUUUUCUUUAAUAAAUACAUUUCUAUGA